AUGAGAAAGUUUAUUGGCACAGAACCCAAUUGCAACUGUACAUCUGAGGAACAUUUACAUUCUCUUAACAAGGACGCGUUUUCAUCUCAGUCUUUGAUUUCAAAUCCAUGUUCCAUUGAGAAUAAUAACUCUGACGCGCUACAAACAAAGAUUACUAGUAAUUGUAUGGAACAACACAACACAAUCAUGAUUGAUUCUACCGAGAAUUCUUUUCAAAGCCCUUCCAAGAACGUGCGAAAGGACAUUUACGACUUUGAUGAAGGGGAUGAAUUUGUCUUUGGAUCCUUAGCAACAAAGCCUUCCACUCCCCAACGACUUGCCAUUACUUCUUGGACAGAGGACCAAAGAGAAUGUUUAGAAGCUGCAAAACAGAUUAUUAAAUCUAAUGUCUAUUCAUCCAUCAUUAUUCGGACAUAUCCUCCUAAACGCAAACAGCAAGAAUCAUUAACAGAUGUUGAGGUGGACCCAAUGACUGUCGAUUCUGAAACCUCACUUGUAGUAAAAAAAAGGAAAAGUAGCUGGACGGAAGAGGAUGAAACGUGGUUUCGAGGAAAAAUCGAUGAACUAUUACAAGCGAGAUCGAUUUCUCCUGAUCAAAUGAAAGAAAUCUUGGAAACUCCAGAUGCAAAAAUGCGUUUAUUUGGAUUUUUGGAAUCUGCAAGUUUAUGUUUACACCGCUCUGAGAGCUCCCUGUUAGCAUAUAUGCGAGCCAUUUUCGAAGUGACUGGUUAUGAACGACUACCUAUCCAAGAUAUCGCUCUUAAAACCGAAGAUUCAUCAAUUCCUUUCUUUAAUUGCAGUGAUGCCGAGUAUAUUCAUGGUUGUAUAUUGUCGUUUUGUGAAAAUGAGGGCAUCACGUUGGAUGAAUUCGGGCAUCGUAUAUGUGAUCCAAGCAUACGGUACACGGGGCAACAAUCCUUGUACAACGAAAUCCUUCUAAAGAUUCAAAAUAAUGUUGAUAAAAAAUCUCUUUUAAAUUAUAUAAAGCUUGUUUAUCGUCCAAAAAGCGAACAAGAAACCUGGAGUGAAGAGACGUUUCAAAAGCUUUAUCAAUUGGUUAGCCAACGAGGGACAAAGUGGAAUUGGAUUGCAACCCAGUUAGGUCUCCCAUCAGAAGAAUGCGCCCUACUAUGGAGAUUUGUAGCAAAACCUUCAAGACACUCUUCUGCAAAAUCGUUGACAAGCAGUCCAAAGUCAGGCUCUACAAGUUCAUUUGAAAAGCUUACUGAUAAAGAAUCUCAAGUUGAUUUCAAGUUUCAAUCGUUGAAUGAUAAUAAAAAUUUCGCAAAGACUCGAACAGCGGAAGACCAUCCCGAACUCAGUGCCGAAGAUACGAAGGAAGAGCCCUCGGUUACCAAACCGAAACAUGAUGAAAAUGAUAAACAAGGAAAGAAAAAAAGCUAUAAAAAGAGAAAGAGAAAAAAUGCAUCUAGAUUCUAUGCCGGCGAUAGUUUACAACUAUUAGAGCAUGUUAAUAACUGUGUAUCGGCAGAUGCAAAAAUCACAGCGGAUUUGGACUGGAAUCGAAUCUCAAGUGUGAUGUCUAAAUGGACGAAUGAAGAGCUAAAAUUACAAACCGAUAAUUUAAUUUCUACGGUUAAAGGAUGGAAGAAAAAACCUCUUCAGCAAAACAUCAAGGCAGCCAUUGAUGAAUUAAAAACAUUACCCCAAGGAACAUUAAAGCAGACGAAUCGGAAAAUUUAG